AUGUCUGCCCUCGCCAUCGAACGCGACACUGUCUCCUCCUUCUUGCACAACUCCCUCGCCGCUGCACGCUCCCUCGACUUCCCCACUCUCCUCUCCCCCAUUCGCUUUUCGCUUUUCCUCCUCAACCUCCUGUACAUCUAUCUGCAGGCAGUCAUCAUCUUUUUCUUCAAACCUCCAUGCCCACCGCGAAAUAGGCGCAUCAAGUAUCGUGGACGCGUCGCUGUCAUCGGUGGUGGUCUUACUGGCGUCUCGAGCGCAGCACACGCAGCCUCGCAUGGAUUUGAUGUCGUGUUGUACGAGAAAGAUGAUCGCAUUGGUGGUAUUUGGGCACAUGUCAAUUCCACUUCCGGCUUGCAACUCAACUCGACGCUGUAUCGCUUCCAUCCUGCCGUACUCUGGUCGCGCGCCUUCCCGCAACGAGAUGAAAUCCUAGGAGAAAUACGUAGGAUCUGGAAGGAGUAUGGGCUCGAGGAGCACACCCGUCUCGGAACCUCAGUUACAUCUGUGCGACACGCCAGCCCGGACGAGCUCGACAACGUGUCUGAAGGCGACUUGGACCCCCUUCGCCUUGGGCAUGCUCGCUGGAUUAUAAAUGGCGGCACGGAUGGUGUGUUCGACGCGGUGAUCGUGACAGUGGGAACGUGCGGUGAGCCUCAGUGGGUGAGAUUUCCAGGAAUGCCGGACAUAGAAGAAAUUAAGCGGCGCAAGGAAGAGAGUCAGAAGCAGGGAAGAGGUGAGGGACGCUCUGAUGAGAAGCCGCAGGUGGACCGAAACAGUGACGACGAUCACACGAGCGAGAGCAGCCAGGAGGACCAUAAGGAAGGCGAGGAGGAGACGUUCUCAGGCAUCGUCCUGCAUUCGUCUGAGCUGGACGAUGCAGCGUUGGAUGGGAAGCGUGUUCUCGUAAUUGGAAGCGGCGCCAGUGGUGUUGAGGCGGUCGAGACAGCACUUGCGCGAGGUGCGCAGGGGUGUGUCAUCGUCGCGCGCGAUGACAAGUGGAUUAUACCGCGUAAUAUGAUCGUGGACACGCUAAUCUCAGCCCAGCCGUUCGGACGGGAGAUGCCGCUCAGCUUCUUGUGGGAAAAGAUCGUCACGCUGUGGAACUAUCGUGGCCUAGAGGAGCUCACUCCUGCGCGCCUGGGGUUGUUUGAGGGCACUCCGGUUGUGAAUGAUGAAUUUUUGAAUCAUGUCCGAGUGGGGCGUUGCCAGUAUAUUCGAGGAGACACCCAAGGGCUUACCCAUGGAGGAGUGAAAGUUGCCGUACGAGGACGGAUGAGUCGACCUGGAGACAAAGGCGAUGAAAGAGAAUUCCCUGCAGAUAUUGUCGUUCUCGCAACGGGUUUCAAGAAGCCGAAAGUCGAUUUUUUGGAAGAGGAGUACUUGUUCCCGGAGGGUUAUGAUCGACCAAAUUUAUACUUGCAGAACUUCGCCACGGAGGACUGGUCCGUGUUGAUGACCAACUCGUCGUACAUCAACGCGAUCGGGACUGUCGGACAUUUUCAUAUUGGUAUUUAUACGCGGAUCCUUCUCACGUUCCUUAUGGACAAAAAUGCGCGUCCACUGCCGAAGGACAUGAAGCUGUGGGUGGACGUGCUCCGCUUCGUGAAGCGCGGCGCACGCGGAGGUGCCCUUGGAUUCUUCACGUACAUGGAGCUCACCAUCUGGCUGUUGUUGUUCCAUAUCCUCCGACUGGACAGGGUCAAGUGGUUGUUCUUUAUCAUGCAGGGGUGGGGUGUACUCCCUGAAGUCGAAGGAGGCGGCACCGAGACUCUGACGAAUAAAGUUGCACAUGCGGCCAAUGGGUAUAGCGAUCUUGCAGAUGGAAGUGGUAGCACAGCCGAUUCCCCUCCAAUCUCAGGCGUGGGAAGUGUGAAUGAGUGGGUGAAGGGGGAGUAG